AAUUUGAAUUUGUAACUCUGUAUGUAUACGAUGCAGUUCCGGAAAUCAAAGGUGAAAUUCCAGGCGGUGGACAAACACGGCCAACCGAUACCAAACGCCACCGUUUCAAUCAAGCAGCGCCGCCCCAAUUUCCCGGUCGGCUGCGCAAUCAACCAAAACAUCCUCCAAAACAGCGCCUACCAAAACUGGUUCACAUCCAGAUUCAAAUACACCGUAUUCGAAAACGAACUCAAAUGGUACUCAAACGAGAGAUCUCGUGGCUCGGAAGACUACUCCGCAUCCGACGCCCUAGUCAAAUUCGCCCAAUCCCGCGGCGUCGCAGUCCGCGGCCACAACGUUUUCUGGGCUAACCCGGCCGACCAGCCGAAUUGGGUGCCGGGACUUUCGUCGAACGACUUGUGGGCAGCUUCGAACAAGAGAAUAAAUUCAGUGAUGGGGAGAUACCGGGGGCAGCUUUUCCACUGGGAUGUUAUGAACGAGAAUCUGCACUUCAAUUUCUUCGAGACCAAGCUUGGGUGGAACGCUUCCACUAUAUUCUACGGGAAGGCGAAUGCGAUUGACGGGAAAACGACGCCGUUUUUGAACGAGUACAAUACUAUUGAAGAGAGCGGCGAUGGGACUUCGUCGCCGUCCAAGUAUUUGCAGAAGAUUUCGGAGAUGAGGAAGAACGGGUAUAAUGGUCCUUUGGGUAUUGGUGCACAAGGGCAUUUUACGAAUGCGAAUCUGCCAUAUUUGAGAUCCGCCAUUGAUCAGCUUGCUUCUGCCAAAUUGCCCAUUUGGGUUACUGAAUUGGAUGUUAAAUCCGGCCCGAAUCAGGCAUCUUACUUGGAGAAGAUACUAUGGGAGAUUCAUUCACACUCGGCUGUACAAGGCAUUAUAAUUUGGUCUGCAUGGAGUCCUAACGGAUGCUACGUUAUGUGUUUGACCGAUAAUAAUUUCCGAAACUUGGCGACCGGAAAUAUCGUCGACAAGGUUAUGAAUCAAUGGACCCACGCAGCUGAUUUGCCGGGCCCCACAGAUUCCAACGGCAUCUUCGAAACUUCACUAUACCAUGGUGAAUACGAAGUCAAAAUCAAUCACCCUAAUGGAGACGCAGUUUCUAAUUUGCAUGAAAUUAAUCUCCUACCGAACGACGAAGCUCAAGAUACUUAUCGUAUUACGAUAAACGUGUAGAUCAGUCGGAGUUAGAAAAAAAAAUCGAUAAUGUUUUAAUUUUAAACAUCUACAGAAUAAUACAAAAUUAGCAGAAUAUUUACAACUUUGACAUUAA